AAAGAAAGAAAGAAAGAAAAAAGAAGGAAGGAAGGAAGGAAGGAAGGAAGGAAGGAAGGAAGGAAGGAAGGAAGCAACUUCACCUUUCAAAAGAAACCUUUUCAGAGAGAUGAUUCUUGGCCAAAAUCUUGGCAGAAUGAUCUUCUGGUAAGAACUGAAACUGACCAGGCAGGAUGCCCUGUGAAUGUAUGUCCAAGACGAGUUGUAUCUAAGUCCAGUUUUUUCGUUUGUUUUUCUCAGAAAAGAGGGAAGGGUAAAAAUUGUCCGAAUUCAUAUUGGACUACAAAGAGCAAAUAAACUUUCCCUUUACUAUAUCAGCUCUACAGCGCAUUUCGUGUCCUUUAAUGUACGGUUCUUGCUCUGGCUCAGAAUUUAAGGUGAAAUUUUCUGUAUGUGUCUCCUUGCUACCUAAUCCGAGGGACAGGAAGCAUGAAACCCACGAGGAUUUAUUAAAGAAACUUCUACCAGGAAAUGGAACCGAAAUAGACCAGGCUAGCCAGCGGGUCAUGGAGGGGCUGAGCAAACCCAGAAUACGCAUGGUGGCACCUGAGAUGUUUUCUACCUCGAUUGCUUGGCGUCGAGCAAAAUGGAUUAUCAAGCCACGAGCCCCUACUAUGACAUUGAAUACGAGCUGUCGGAGCCCUGCCAGAAAACCGACGUGAGGCAAAUCGCAGCCAGACUCCUGCCUCCGCUCUACUCACUUGUGUUCCUUUCCGGCUUCGUGGGCAACCUGCUGGUCGUCCUCAUCCUCAUCAACUGCAAAAAGCUGAGGGGCAUGACUGACGUCUACCUGCUCAACCUGGCCAUCUCCGACCUGCUCUUCCUUUUCACCCUCCCCUUCUGGGCCCACUAUGCCGCCAACGGGUGGGUCUUCGGGGAUGGGAUGUGUAAGACGGUCACCGGGCUCUAUCACGUCGGCUACUUUGGCGGAAACUUCUUCAUCAUCCUCCUGACCGUCGAUAGGUACCUGGCCAUCGUCCACGCUGUGUUCGCUUUAAAGGCCAGGACGGUCACCUUUGGGGCGGUGACAAGCGCGGUCACCUGGGCGGCGGCCGUGGUCGCCUCUCUGCCGGGGUGUAUCUUCAGCAGAUCCCAAAAAGAAGGUUCCCGUUUUACGUGCAGCCCUCAUUUUCCAUCCAAUCAGUAUCAUUUCUGGAAGAACUUCCAGACACUGAAGAUGACCAUCUUGGGCCUGGUCCUGCCCCUGCUCGUCAUGAUCGUCUGCUACUCGGCCAUCCUCAGGACCCUGUUCCGGUGUCGGAACGAGAAGAAGAAGCACAGGGCCGUGAAGCUCAUUUUCGUGAUCAUGAUCGGUUACUUUCUCUUCUGGGCCCCCAACAACAUCGUCCUCCUGCUGAGCACCUUCCCGGAGUCCUUUGGCCUCAAUAACUGCAGUAGCUCCAACAGACUGGACCAAGCCAUGCAGGUGACGGAGACCCUGGGAAUGACGCACUGUUGCAUCAACCCCAUCAUCUACGCCUUCGUCGGGGAGAAGUUCAGAAGCUACCUCUUGGUGUUCUUCCAAAAGCACAUCGCCAGGCGCUUCUGCAAACGUUGUCCUGUCUUCCAGGGAAAGGCCCUCGACCGAGCGAGCUCGGUUUACACCCGAUCCACCGGAGAGCAGGAAAUCUCUGUCGGCUUGUGACCUGGACCGGGUGUUUGUACACAGCCUAGGGGCGGGAGUGACCCUUUUAAAAAGGAAGUUACUGUCAUAGAGGGCCUAAGAGUCAUCCGUGCACCUGGCUAUCUAUCCCACCAUUUAAGCCCGUCACGUCUGGAAAGCCGAAUCAACAUAUGUUGAUGACAUAGCAAACCUCCUCACCUCCCCUCCGCACACAACAACUUAUUGGCAAACUCUUCCUUUGCUGCAAAAGUUUCAUUAUAAAAAAAAAAAAAAUCCCCAGAGAACUGCUAAUUCUUGAGUUCGGUGACCCGAACAGGAAUAACAAAACCAAUCAA